AUGGAUGAUGAUAGUAACAGUCCAUUAUGUCAAGUUUGUAUUUAUGUUAUUAUUUUCUUUAUAGAUGUAAUAAUUUUUGUCACUGGAGCAACUCUCUGGAUUGUUGGUUCAAAGAAAGAAUAUUUCGAACAAAUUCCUUUUUUAAUUUCAAUUCCGCUUUACCCAGACCCUGAUUCUCCAUAUGACAUACUGUAUGGGUUACCACAGAGCUGGAUUCAAAAUCAUAAAAACACAUCUUUCACAUUUUCGACAGCUUUUUUGUCUGAAUAUAAAGGCAAUGUUGACUUGUAUCUUUUCCAUAAUCUUUGGGGUUAUGACUUUAAAUUACAAGUGACAGAUUCGACCGGAAGAGUAGUUUUGAACUCAGAUUUUAAUUUAAACCAAAAUCUAGCAAAUCCAGAGAAAUCAAGCGUUUCUAGAUCGUUACUUCUCAAAUAUCCUAUCAAAAUAUAUGGAAAAGACAUUACUCAAAUCUAUUGUCCUUAUCAUACACAAAUUACAGAUUCUCUUGGCAUAGAUUGCAAGCGACAGUUAACAUUUGCGUAUCUAAAUCCAAAUGUAUCUUCUCUACAACUUGGUAGUUAUAAUUUCAAAUCGUCAAGUACAAAUUUGAAUUUUACAUUCACAAACUUUACGGCGUAUCCAUACGAUUACAUUACACCACCACAGGCCUUCGUUACAGGUUACAGAGAAACGAAUAAGAAGAAACUUCUUAUUUCUGGCCCUACUAUAUUUGUAAUUUUUGUAAUACUCCUAAUAGGGUUUGUUGUCUUUUUAAUAGUUGAUCAAAUGUAA